GUCGCUCUGAUACUCUUUGUUGGUUGUGUCUCACGCACACAAGAUUGCAUGAUGAGUUUGAUGGCUUCAGGCAAGACGGCUUUGGUGAUCGGCGCAAACCGUGGCAUCGGUCUCCAGCUCAUCAAGACCUUCAAAGAGCGCGGCUGGCACACGAUCGGAUCCGUGAGACCCGAUACUUUGGCAUCAAAUGAUCCGUCCAUUGAAGACCUCAAAGCUACAGGCUCUGAUGUCGUUGAGCUUGAUCUGAAGUCUGAACAGACCAUCAAGGAAACUGCACAAUCACUGGUGGAAAAGAACGUGACGAUCGACGUGUUGUUCCUCAGUGCCGGAAUCGGGGUCUAUCCACUGGAAUGGCAGGCGCACGAGAAGGAAGAUCUCAUGGAACGGUUCGAGGUCAUGGUGGUGGGUCCACUGUUGACUGUCAAGCACUUCCUGCCUCUCAUAAACAAAGACGGAACCGGCAAAAUUGCAUACAUGACUUCUUCGGACGCCAGUGUUGGCGCCAACGAUGGAGAUGCGAUUGGCUACCGGAUGACAAAGUCGGCUGAGAAUCAGCAGAUGAGAACACUGUCUAUCGACUUCAAAAAGGCUGAAAUCCCAAUCAGCACUCUGGCCUUCGAGCCAGGAUUCAUCAAGACUCGGCUGACGAGGUGGAAAGGCCACCAAGACAUUGUGGAGUCUUGCAAUGGCAUGGUGGACAUUGUCGAACGUAUGACGCCGGACAUGUUGGGUUCGUUUCUCAAGUGGAACGGGGAGACCAUCCCGUGGUAA